AUGAAGGAGCCGUCGCUGCCCGGCACCUCGCUGCAGCGGGCCUGCCGCCUCCUCGUCGCCUUCUGCGCCCUCCACCUCUCGGCCACGCUGCUCUACUACCUGGCGGGCAGCGCCCUGGGGCCGCCGGGCAGCCCCGAGCCACCGCCGCGCCGCCCGCCGCCCGCCAACCUCUCGCUGCCGCUCUCCCGCCCGUCGCCGCCCGUCGCCCGGCCCCGGCCUCCGCCCGCCUCGUCGCCGCCGGGCCCCUGCCCCGAGACCUCCCCGCUGCUCGUUGGUGCACUACGUGUGGAGUUUUCCCAGCCUGUGAACCUGGAAGAAGUGGCGAGAAUAAACCCAGAGGUCAAAGCAGGAGGUCGUUUUGCUCCGAAGGACUGUAUAGCACUUCAGAAAGUAGCAAUAAUCAUACCGUUCAGGAACCGAGAGGAGCACCUGAAGUACUGGCUCUAUUACCUGCACCCAAUUCUCCAAAGGCAGCAACUAGAUUAUGGAGUAUAUGUUAUCAACCAGGAUGGAGAAGAAGAAUUUAACCGUGCUAAGCUGCUGAAUAUAGGAUUCGCAGAGGCUUUGAAAGAGUAUGACUAUGAUUGCUUUGUGUUUAGUGACGUAGACCUCAUCCCAAUGGAUGACAGGAACACCUACAAAUGUUACAGCCAGCCACGGCACCUCUCUGUAUCCAUGGAUAAAUUUGGAUUUCGGUUGCCUUACAAUCAGUAUUUCGGAGGCGUGUCUGCCUUGAGCAAAGAGCAGUUCAUAAAGAUCAACGGGUUCCCAAACAAUUACUGGGGCUGGGGUGGCGAAGAUGACGACAUUUAUAACCGGCUGGUGUUCAAAGGCAUGGGGAUAUCCCGUCCGGAUGCCGUCAUUGGGAAGUGCAGAAUGAUUCGUCAUUCCCGGGACCGGAAGAACGAGCCCAACCCCGAGAGGUUUGACCGAAUUGCUCACACAAGGGAGACAAUGAGCUCCGAUGGCUUAAAUACACUAUCCUACAAGGUGUUAAGAACUGACAAGUACCCUCUGUAUACAAAGAUCACAGUGGAUAUUGGCUCGCCAAAUAGCUAACAUCACAGACACAAGAGAGACCUUGCCUAUGUUGCCCAGGACAUCUGGCCUCACUGAUGCUUUAUAUCUGCUGGUUUUAUAACAGUUGCAAUGAACAAAAAAAAAAAGGCCUCUUUUGGCAUGCCAAAGCGUCUCCAAAUUCGUUGGACAAGUG